AUGAAACACCCCUCAAUUGUGUGUUAUCGGUCCAGCGCAGACCUCUCGGAGCUAAAGGGCUGGUUUUAUGAUUUUCUGGACGUAAAGGAUGAUAGGGUGCGUGCAAUAAAGCGAGUGAGAGCUCUUUCGACUAGAGGAAAACUUCCUCAUGGCUUGGAGUCGACGGCAUUAUUAACGUCCGUACACCUUCAAGAUAACGGAAACGACUCACCUGACACGAACGUCCUUCGUUUAUCAUACGCCAUGGCUCUUAUUCGAUUUGUCAAUGGUCUUUUGGAUCCGAUGCAGCAAUCCAACUAUGCCAUUCCGCUCCAUACUUUGGCGAAGAGUUUAAACUUGCCGAGCUUUUUCGUUGAGCUUCGGCACAUGGGUACUCACGAGCUGCUUCCAUCACUCCACAUGCUGCGAAUAGCUUGCAAUCGAGCACUAACAUGGCUAUUUGAUAACUACUGGAGUGGUAUAGAACUGGUUCCUGUCGUUUCAAACGGCGACGCAAUCCCAACUGAAUCGGAAACAGCUACACGAGACGAAACAAUAAGCCAUCUCAAGACCUAUAAGUCUAUCCGUAAAGAAAACUUGGAUAUGAUAUACAAGUUUGGAAACUCCUCCGAUACAGGUUCAAAGUACUGGACAGCUGUAAAGGCUCUAAAAUCAACUAGCACAAAGUUGUUAGCAACAACACUAGUUGAAGGUAACUUUAUGUUUGCCAAUAAGUCAAAAUCGAAAAAACAAAAGUUCAAUUCGCUAGUCACAAAGCUAUAUAAGCCCUUGUUUGAAGAGUUAGGCUUGGACUUUCAGGUGGACGUUUUGAUUGCUGUAAGGGAUGCCGCUGCAAAUGGAAGGGUACCGCCAGAUCAUGCACGUGAAUGGUGUGAAGCAAUUAUGAAAUUGAUGGUACAAAGCUGCUCCAAGGAUAGCCUAUGGGACAUUUCGGAGAAGGUUAUACAUGGAACGCAAAACUUGAAGCCUCAAGAAAAGUUUGAGCUACUUUCUCUUCGAGACCAGAUAUUUGUGGCUACUAAUAUGCUACUGCCAGAAAUUCAAGAGAAAAUGCAGAAACAGACUGCGGAAGCCAAGCGACAAGCAGAAUUGGCCCAGUACUCCACACCAAGCUUAGAAGAUAUAUUGGGUGUCACAGACAACCAAAAGACCAACAACGUUAUCUCAAACUCUCCUAAAAGACAAAGGACUACAGUACGAUUGUUUGAGCCAGUACUGGACUGGACCCCGACCCCAUUUGGCAGGUGCAAAUAA